AUGGUCGCAGACUUCAAUGCACGCUCGGAUGAUACUAAGGAUCUUCAAUUUCAGAGCUAUAUUCCAUUUUGGCGUUUGUUGACUGAUCAGCAAGUCAUCACUAAUGAGGUGCUCCAUCACCAGUAUGAUGGAUCGGGAACUGACGAUGACCCGUACGUCGUGCGUUGGUUGACCGUCGAUCCUCGGAAUCCCAUGGAAUUCAGUAUGGCAAGAAAGGCUAUAGUCACAUUCGCUACGGCUAUUGCAACUUUUGUGAUUUCCUUAACCUCCUCUGCCUACAGUGGUAGUAUCCAGGGUGUCAUUGAUGAGUUCGAUAUCAGCAGAGAGGUGGCGACUCUCGGUCUGUCGCUUUUUGUGUUUGGGUUCGCUGUUGGACCGUUGAUAUGGGCACCGCUGAGUGAGACUGUGGGCCGGCAGAUCCCAUUCUUCGUGUCUUUUCUCGCUCUUUCGGCCUUUUCUGCAGGGUGUGCAGGUUCCCAGAAUAUUCACACGUUGUUGGUCCUUCGUUUCUUCGGGGGAGCGUUCGGUUCUGCACCUCUUACAAAUGCUGGAGGUGUUAUCUCGGACAUGUUCAUUGCCAGACAACGAGGACUGGCAAUGCUUUUGUUUGCAUCGACCCCGUAUCUAGGUCCCGCCCUUGGUCCCAUUAUUGGUGGCUUUCUUGGAAUGAAUGCAGGGUGGAGAUGGGUUGAAGGCUUCCUAGCUGCUUGUGCAGGAAUGGCUUGGGUCCUGAUGGCGAUUCUUGUCCCCGAGACGUAUGCGCCAGUGCUACUCCGAAAACGAGCGGCAAAGCUAUCGCUCUUGACAGGGAAAUGCUACCGCAGCAAACUCGACAUCGAAAGAGGGGAAAUCCCUAUCUCUAAGCGACUGAAGACAGUCUUUUCUCGGCCUUGGGUGCUUCUCUUCCGUGAACCCAUUGUGCUUCUUCUUACCUUCUACGCCGCCCUGAUCUACGGCGUGCUCUAUAUGCUUUUCGAAGCACUUCCCAUUGUCUACGAGGACAUCCGUGGCUGGAAUGCUGGCGUUGGAGGUCUCCCUUUCCUGGGAGUCAUGAUCGGCGUGCUCUUCGGCGUGGCCUACACCGUGUGGGAUAAUAAGCGAUACAUCCGAACACAGGAAAAACACAAUGGAUUUGCCCCGCCAGAGGCUCGCCUUCCCCCUUGCAUGUCCUCUGCGGUGGCAAUCCCGAUUGGUCUUUUCUGGUUUGCUUGGACCAAUUCCCCAUCCAUCCACUGGUUAUGCAGUGUCGCGGCCCUGGUUCCGUUUGGGUUCGGGCUACUCCUUAUAUACAUGGGGAUUGUCAACUACCUCAUCGACUCCUACACCAUUUACUCGGCGUCUGUUCUGGCAGGCAUGUCUAUAUUCCGAUACACAUUUGGAGCCGUUUUCCCCCUUUUCAGUUCAUAUAUGUAUGAGGGUCUGGGUAUUCAUUGGGCCUCGUCCAUUCCGGCGUUUGUGUCGGUGUUGUGCAUGCCACUUCCUUUUUUCUUUUAUAAAUAUGGCGCGCAGAUCAGGCAGCGCUGCAAGUAUGCUGCACUGUCACAGAAGCGUCUUGAGACAUUACGACAGUCGUCCGUGUCAGAAAAAGCCGCGGCGCCAAUUCCUGAUGAGGGACCUGAGAACCAACUACGUCUGAUUGCAAGUUCUCAGUGA